CAUCCUAAAAAAUUGACUUAUGCUCUCGAGUCUCCUCUCCUCUCCUCUCCUCUAACCAUAGUGUUUAAAUAAAUCAAACAAUUCAUUUUGUUCAUCUCUUUAGCCCAUAGUUUUCCUAUCUCUCUCCUCUUCUCUCCUCCCAAGUUGCAACUUAUUGGGGCCGAGGUAGAAUUUUCAUCUUAACUCAAAUGUACUCCUCUUCUUCCUCCUCCCAACAACAACAGUCAUCAUCAAACACUCAAGCAAACCCAAAUCUAAUGCGUUACGACUCCGCCCCAAGCUCACUCCUCUCCAACACCGUUGACUCCAUCAUCGGAAACCAUCACCAUCAAAACCACAACCACAACCACCACCACUUCUUUAACCCUGAAUCCACCCACUCUAAGCUCAGUUCCGGUGGCGGCGCUGAGUCCUCUAGGAAUACCUUAACUUUGCUCCAUCAAGGACCGUACGGAUUGUCGACCGAGUCGUCCAGUAAUAAUAAUAUUCAUAAUAAUAAUAAUAAUAAUAGUAAUAAUGGAAUGGAUUCUCCAUCAAAGACUACGUCCAAUUUGAUUCGACAUAGUAGUUCUCCGGCCGGCUUUCUUAGUCACCUCGCUUCUGAUAUUGGAUAUUCUGUUCCAAAAGGAUUUGAUGUGAACUACAAUAAUAAUGGACAAGGUGGGAGUUCAAUAGGUCAUGAUCAACACAUGGUAUCAAGGUUAGGGUCUCAACUGAGCUUCACAAGAAAAGAUCGUAAUUCUCUGUCUCAAAUAUCAGAGAUGAAUGAGAGUGUUGUUGAAGGUAUGAGCUCCGAUCAUGAUCAGCGUAAGAGAUCUGGAUUUUCAUUGAGUGCAUGGGAUGACACCAACGACAACAACUUCAUUAUUUCGACUUCAUCCAACAAACGAGGAAAAGCUAUUAACGAUGACAUCCUUAAUGGUUUAAGUGCCAUUGAUUCCCAGCAAGCUAUGGCGUUGGAGAUGGCAACAAUGGAGAGGCUAAUGCAAGUCCCUGAAAAUUCAGUUCCUUGUAAAAUCCGUGCCAAGCGUGGCUUUGCAACUCAUCCUAGAAGCAUUGCUGAAAGGGAGAGAAGAACUAGAAUCAGUGGGAAAUUAAAGAAGCUUCAAGAGCUUGUUCCCAAUAUGGACAAGCAAACAAGCUAUUCGGACAUGCUUGACUUAGCAGUGCAACAUAUCAAAGGACUUCAGGGUGAGAUUGAGAAACUGAAUCAUGAUCUUGAUCACUGCAAAUGUGGAUGCAAGGGAGAGACAAUGCAGUCCUAAUUUUGGAAUACAGCUUCAAGUCUCAACAUGGUAAUAUAUCGAAAAAUGAUCGAAUAGAUUGCCAAAAACUAUCGAUGGAUUUUUGUUUGUACAUAAAGAUAAAGAUGUAAUUUUUCUUUCCUAAUUGAUAAGGGGGUUUUCAACAAGUUAAAUAGAUGAUCCCUCUUUUUCUUUUGAUAGUUUGUGCUAUUGAAUUUUUGUAAGCUUUGUUAAUGCAAUUUUACUCUAGUUAAACAGACAA